UCAAGGCAGAAAGAAUGUAAAGGCAAAGAAGAAGAAGAAGAAGAGUUAAAAGACACAAAGGCAAUGACUGACAGUUCAUUUCAGUUAUCGUCAUUCAGUAUUUUCUCUCAAGAUCAGAUAUUUGGAGAAAAUGAGGUUGCAGAAAGUAAAGAGAAUACCCAAGAGGCCUUCAUUGAAAGUUCCAAAACAGAGACAAGGGAGGAAGAGACUAAUGAAGGAGAUGAGGAGUUAGAAGACCACCAGGCUGUGUCCACUACAGAUGAUACAGAUAACCUUCAAGAAUUAAGUAUUAUAGAGGAGUCAGGGGAGGAUGUGCAGUUGUCUACUGAUGACACCGACAAAACAGAAGUUGUUCUUCUCACUCAUAAUGAGGUGAUAGAAAUCAUUGAGGAUUCAAUAACAGAUUCAAUCCUUGUUACCACGUGCCCAGAUGAACAAGUCAACAUUCAAAAGGACCUAUGCCAAACCUCUGUUGACAACAGUGGCACACCAUUCAAUUCACCUGGUAUAGUGGAGGUGGUGGACAUUCAGACCAGCCAGUUAGCCAGUGACAAUCAAGAUGGCAUGACUAAUACAGAUGAGAAGAUCAACUCAGAAUCCGGCAAACAGGAAUUUGAGCCAACUAAUAACAACAUUAUCUGGCAACAUAAGGAUCCCAUCGAGGAUGAAGGAACCAUGGAGUUAAUGAUGGAUGAAAUAAUUGUGCCUGAUGUUCCAGACCUGGUGGGUGAAGCGAAUCUAGAGGUAGAGCAACCAGAGUUAGCUUUUGUACCUCACGAAGAGCCCUCACAGACAGAUGGAUGGACUGACGAAGGGAUUAACCAGAAAGAGCUAGUGCAACAGGUUGGGGUUAAUUCUCACGAUGAGGCAGGAAGACUUAUAGAGGAGGAGGACAACACGAGUCAUGUUAUUCAAGAGUUAAUGGGUGAGGAAGUGACCAGCGGGAGAGGUGAUGAAGAAAUGCAGGAAGGAUCUAUUGUCAAGCUUGAAACCCAGGCUAUGGCAGGCCCUCCAGAACCAGAAGGGCAGAGUGCAGAGGAGCUACCUUUAAACACCCAGCAAGAUGUGCAUUGGGAUCAGGUGGAGGAGGCCUUUGAACUGGAGGAAGAGGGUGAAGUUAAACUAGACCAGCCAGGAGGUGAAGUCACGUCAGAGGAGAAGGAAUCCACAAAACAGGGUGGUGGUGGUGAUUUUCAGCAACAUCUUUCACAACUCCUCAUAGAAGCAUGGGCAGACAACUUGAGAGAGCAUCCAAGAGAGAAGACUGAUGAGAGUGGGAGUCAAUUAGACGAAUUGGUGGGAGGAAUAGAGACAGCAGAAGAACCUGUGACAGUUUUAGAUGAUGAGAUUGAAGAGACUGUUGAUCUUGAUGAUCAAAAACCUUCCACCCUUUCAGUCCCUUCUGAAGAACGCAUAAUGGAGACAAGGGAGGAAUGUCAAAAGAGAGAAGUUGAGACGGUUGAACUAAGUGAAGAAAAAGAUGAGAAGCAAAAAGAUGAAGAAGGCAAGGAAGACAACACAGCAGAAGAGUUAGAUACAAAUGGAAGAGCUAAAGAACUGCAGCAAGAAAUGGAGAAUGGGAUCUUGUCUCCCGAGCCACAACCAGUCAGGGAAGAGGGACAAGCAAGAUUGCUGUCACCGAAAAGAAAUCAGCCUGAGGACGAGAGAGCACCAGAAAUGAAAGACUGGAGGAAAGAUUUGAAGCCAGUGAAAAAAGACAAAUGGGACACUGACAGCGGAAGGAAGGAAUGGAGGAAGGAAGCAUCACCGGAGGAAAAGUGUCUGCCCCGGAGGGAGGACUGGAUUAAAGAGCUGAAGUCUGUGAUAAAAGAUGAAUCCCUGUCCAAAAAAAGAGACGAGCAUGUGAAGAGAAAGCGAGUGGUGCUGCUCGAGGAUGGCCAUUCAUACUUCCCACAGCGGGAGGAGAUGACUGAGGAGAAGAACGAGGAGGUGAAACACAUCCUUCAUAGGAGAGUGAACAGCCCUUUCUCCCCUGUUCACAGGAACAGCAGAACACCCCAAGAUCAGGACUAUGAGAUCUCACUCUAUGUCAAGGCAGGAAGUGACGGGGAGAGCAUUGGUAACUGUCCAUUCUCUCAGAGACUCUUCAUGAUCCUGUGGCUUAAAGGAGUCAUCUUCAACGUCACCACUGUCGACCUCAAACGGAAGCCGGCUGACCUGCAGGACCUCGCUCCAGGAACCAACCCUCCGUUUGUGACCUUCAACGGCGAGGUCAAGGUGGACGUCAACAUGAUCGAGGAGUUCCUGGAGGAGAAACUGACCCCCCCGCGCUACCCCAGACUGGCUCCCAAAAAUCGAGAGGCCAACACAGCCGGCAUCGACGUGUUUGCAAAAUUCUCAGCUUACAUCAAAAACCCGAGAAAAGACACCAACGACGCCUUAGAGAAAGCCUUGCUAAAGUCUCUUCGGCGCCUUGAUGACUUCCUUCGGACUCCCCUGCCUGAGGAGAUCGAUGCGUACGCCCCAGGCGACCUGCCCGAGUCUUCCAGGAGCUUCCUAGACGGGGCUGAGCUCACCCUGGCUGACUGCAACCUCCUUCCCAAGCUACACAUCCUCAAGGUCGUAGCUAAGAAAUACCGCGGCUUUGAGAUCCCGGCGGAGAUGACGGGGGUGUGGAGGUAUCUCAACUGCGCCUAUCAGAGGGAGGAGUUCACCAGCACGCGCCCCGCCGAGCGGGAGAUCGAAUUUGCCUACCUGGACGUGGCUAAGCAGAUCAAAUGAGGAGGGGAAGGAAAGAAUGGAGAUGGAUGAAUGCUAUAAAACAGGGAGGAAUGAAAACGCAGUAGGUCUCUCAACAAAUUGUUACAACAGAAGACGUGAAAAGCACCUAGAAGAAAUAACGAGAAGUAGAACAGACAGAAAUAUGACUGUAAGGUGUCUGGGUGCAGCGAAUUGUGAAGAGUAGGAGGGAGGAGGAAGAUGAAGAGAUGCAGAAGCAACAAAACGUCUAUUCAUUCUUGUACGUGUGUGUGUGUGUGAGUGUGUGUGUGUGUGUGUGUGUGUGUGUGUGCUCUCACAGGUUGGGUUGCACCUUGAUCCGAAAUAUCUUUAUGCUAAUCGUCCUACAAGUAAUCUUUAAAUUAGAGUUUAUAGAUUGCAGAAUUAAUUCCUGAUUCACUUUUGAUUCACUUCUCAGACGAUGGCAGGACCAGGUUCACUGCGAGAAACAAAAGAAGUAGCACACAUAUAUAGCACGUAAGCAUUAUUACUCAAAAUCCACUUUUAGCCAGUUCAGCUUCACAUUCAGUCGCGAUCACAUUCACGCCUGCGAUGAAUUUAGAAUCGUAUGUUUUCAGACUUUUUUGUGUGAUAUGAGUUUUAACAGUUUCUAACUUUGUCCCAGCAGUCAAUGAACACUGAUUACAUAAUUGUGUCCCAGCCUUAUCGCAGUCUCAUUUCAAUAUAAACUGUGACUGUCAAUCUAAUAACUGCAUUUUAGAUACUAAUGUCUCUAUGAGUAUAAAAUUACAUAAUAUUUAAAAGGAAGCUAAUUAGGACAUGAUACGUAAAUCAUAACGUCUUGUAGAGAAAGCAUUGCAUUGUGGGGACUGCUGAGAAGUAUAAGUUUCAUUAAAAAUGACUCAUUUUGUUUGCUGUGUUUUAAGCAAAAUCAAAUUUGGCCCACUUUACAUUUAACUGAAAGUAUUUUGGGGAUGUCAGAAUCAAGAAUGAAGGAAACAUGAUCCCAAAACCCCCAAAUCUGAUUCGGACAACUUAUAAAGGAUUGUCCUUUUUUUAAAUUCAACAUUACAGUCCAACAUUUACUAACCCUGACGUCAUGUGCUGUGUUCUGGCCUUAUAUCCUCUCUGGGGGGGAUAAUCUUUAUUAAAUAUGGAUUUUAUCAC